AUAAACAAAUCAUCCGCCUCUGUUCAGCAAAGUACAACACAGUACAUGCGAUUUAUAUUUACAUACAAACUUUAGAUACAACAUAAAAAAAAAUCUCUAGGAAAGAUGCAGAUUUUUGUCAAGACUUUAACUGGGAAGACAAUAACACUUGAAGUUGAAAGCAGCGACACUAUUGACAAUGUCAAAGCCAAGAUUCAAGACAAAGAAGGAAUCCCACCGGAUCAGCAGAGGUUGAUAUUUGCUGGAAAGCAGCUUGAAGAUGGCCGUACUCUUGCUGAUUAUAACAUCCAGAAAGAAUCCACUCUUCAUUUGGUGUUGAGGCUUAGAGGAGGAAUCAUUGAGCCUUCUCUGAUGGCUUUGGCUAGAAAAUACAAUCAAGACAAGACCAUUUGCCGCAAAUGCUAUGCUCGCCUUCACCCCAGGGCAGUUAACUGCAGGAAGAAGAAGUGUGGUCACAGCAACCAGUUGAGGCCAAAGAAGAAGAUCAAGUAAGCGGUUACAGAUUGUUUCUUUUUGUUGGAUGUUGGAUCUGUCGUCGUAGUGCCAGCCUGCAUCUUAUCUUCUAGUUUUAUUGUUUUCCUAUAAUAAGUGAACUGGAUUAUUUUUUGUUUUUCGUACUUUGGAUUUCAAGAUGUUAUGAAAUUACUUUAUGGUUA